AUGGAUCAGACAAUCGGCCUUGACGCGGUGCCGCCGCUCUCUCCCGUUUCCAGCCAGAGCAGCCGCAGCUUCAACGAGGUCGACGCACACGCCGCCUCCUCCACCCACUCGCUACGAAUACUGCCCAUCCAGGACGCCUUUCCGGGCAAGCCCUUGCCGGUGGGCAGCGCGGGACUGCCCGCGCUGCAGGUCGCCAACGGCGACCCCGACGGCCUCGAUCCCCUCGGCGAGGAGGACCUGGACCCGGGCAGCUUCGAUCUGGUCACGCCCGGCGAUCAGGACGCCGCGGCCACCGCGCCUGCGAGCAAGCACAAGCUCGAGCAGCGGUCCGAGCUGCUCUUCUCGCAGCACCACCUGCACGCCAUCUUUGAGGACUCGGCGCACCUGCACCGCUUCACUAACUUUGUCUACAAGUACCGCCCGUCCUCCGUCGUGCUGCUCAACUACUACCUCUCCGCGCUCAAGGCGCUCCGCGCCAUCCGCUACAGCAACGCCGUCCUCCGCCAGCUGCACUCGCUGCAGGACUUUGGCUUCACCCACACCUUUCCACAGGCCCUCGACACGGCUAACCAGGAGCUCGAGGAAAAGGCCGAGAGCGCAUUCGAGGUGCUGACCAGGGAGGACUUGCCCGCCUACAUCACCCAUGUCUGGAUCCAGACCGUCUCCGUCUCGAUCCGCCAUCGGGUCAUGGGCACCAGCUCCGACUCCUCCGAGGGCCUGGCCGAAGUUUUUUGUCUGACAGAUCCGUCCCGUCCCGAUAACCCAAUCGUCUUCAUGUCCGAGCAGUUCAACCGCACAACGCAGUAUGGCGUCGACUACGUCAUUGGCCGCAACUGCCGCUUCCUGCAAGGGCCCUGUACGAAUCCUUUCAGCGUGAAGCGCAUUCGUGAGAAGCUCGAGGCCGGAAUCGAACAUUAUGAAACAUUUCUCAAUUACAGACGCGAUGGAACGCCGUUUAUGAAUCUUGUCAUGCUUGCACCCUUGUACGAUAGCCGAGGAACGAUUCGAUACUUUAUAGGCGCGCAGGUCGACGUAUCAGGACUGGCCAUGAGCUCUUACGACCUGGACGCGCUCCGUGAGCUGGUGGAAGAGGACGCCGAUCUCAAGGCCGAGGAGCCGGUCCGGAAAAGCCAAAAAGACGAAAUCACCCAAUUCGCAGAGAUCCUGACGCCAAAGGAGCUCGAUACGAUAAACACCCACGGCGGGAGCAUGCACCGCCUGCCUCUACAAGUAGACACAGAGCCCAAGUCGUCUGACAAGACGCAAGCUCCCAGCUCUCAGCCCGAGAAGAAGGAGUACGAGCCCAGCCACCACCGACGCGGCACCAAAGAGCGCGUCAUUAUCCAAGAAAGCAGCUCCGACGAGAAUCUGCAUCUUUCCGGCGGCGGCGGCGGCGGUCCGUCACGCACAUCGCUACCCACCGGGUUCUCGCCGUCUCUGCGCCACAACGGCCGCCUCACAGGCGUGUACGAGCACUACCUCCUCGUGCGGCCGUACCCGUCGCUGCGGAUCCUGUUCGCCAGUCCCUCGAUGCGUGUGCCGGGCAUCCUGCAGUCGCCGCUGCUAGACCGCAUCGGGGGCUCGGCGCGCGUGCGCGAGCAGCUGGUGGACGCGCUGGCCGCCGGCCAGGGCGUGACGGCCAAGGUGCGGUGGCUCAACGCGCGGCGGAGCGGCGGCGGCGGGCGGACGAGCCGGCCGGCCCGGAAAAAGGCCACCGCCGCCACCGCCAACAACCACCCGCUCGAGGCGCACCUCGAGGCCGACGACGACGUCGACACCGUGCCCGAGCUCGAGCCCGCCGGACGCGCGCGCUGGCUGCACUGCACGCCGCUGAGCGGGUCCAACAGCACCGUCGGCGUGUGGAUGAUUGUCAUUGUCGACGACGAGGAGUGGCACGCGCGCCGGUUCGGCGUCGUGGCACCGCCCGUGCCCGCCCCGUCCCAGCCGCUGCCGCGCCGCCCAGACUCGGCCAUGUCCGCGCCGGGGACCGCCAUCUCCGGGCUGUCGUUUGCCGUGGGCGAGACGCGGGAGACUGGGUCCGCGCGCACGGAGACGCGCCCCCGGCGGUCCUCCGAGACGCUCGGCUACCUGCGCUCCGAGUUCAACCUGCCGCCGCCGAUGGAGGCCGGCGGCUCCACGCAGGCGAUUCACAACCAGCACGCGUCGAGCGCGCAGCGCGCGCCGCGCAGCUUCUUGCCCCAGGCAGUCGGGGGGGCCUCCAGGUUUUUCGGCAGCGACGCCGCAUCGCGUGCCGCGUCGGGCGGGGGCAGGAGCAGCAGCAGCAAGAACCGGCCGACAUCGCCCAACUCGCCGGGGGGUAGCAUCUCCAGCCUGUACCGUGCGUUCCCGCGCCUCGAGCCGCCGCUGCCGCCCUGGCCGGCCAGGUCGGAUAGCAAACCGGCGCCGAGAAAUGAGAUGGAGGGCAGGGCGCGUGUCGUCUCCAUGAUCCCGGAGGAGGGCUAUGACCGGUACAGUGACAUGCGGCGUCGCAGAGAGGACGACGAGACGAGCUCUCUGCACAGUCGUGGGUCAGCGUUCACGGUGAGGAUAGAUGAUUAG